UGGAGUUGGUGGCCCGAUGAGAGUGUAUUCUAGAAAACGCUAACCUAUUGUAAAGACUGUAAGAAUUACAACAUACACGAAUUGUCAUGCACGAGAAAUAUGAAGCCGAGGUGGACAAGAUUCUCAAGAAAUUUCACAUUUCGAAAACAUGUGGAUUUGCUCUGCCGGAUCCCUUGACCAGCCUCCCUGAAUACUAUGCCCCAUGGAUGGAGCUUGCCGCCAACCUUACAGAGCUCAUAGAGACACAUACUCUGCGGGAGCGGGUCAUGCAGAUGCCUGAGCUGAGCAGUGGGCUUCUCCAAAGCCAUUACCAACUUCGACUCGCUCACCUGGUUCUCAGCUUCAUCACGUCAGGUGUUGUGUGGCAAGAAGGAGACAAAGCCCCCACCAAGGUGCUACCCCGAAGUGUGGCGGUGCCGUUUUUCGCGGUGUCCAAGUGCCUGGGCCUCCCUCCCAUCGUCGUGCACGCCGAUGGUGUCCUUGCCAACUGGAGGAGACGAGAUGCAGACGGACCCAUGACGAUCGAGAACCUGGAUACGUUGGUGAGAUUCCCAGGUGGGGCCAACAGUCGAUACUUCUUCCUCUGCACCGUCAUGGUGGAGUUCGCCGCUGUUCCGGGCUUCAUUGGCUUGGUGAAAUGUGUGGAGGCCGUGAGAGCUGCAGAUGAGGCCACGCUGAAAGAGUCGCUGUUGGAGGUGGCUGAAGCGAUACACGGCAUGAUAAAGGCCUUGUCCACCAUGCAUGAUCACGUCGACCCUGCAGUAUUUUUUGGAGUAAUCAGGAUCUUCCUAUCUGGCUGGAUGGAUAACCCGGUGCUCGAUGGGCUGCAUUACGAAGGAGUUGGAGACACCCCCUACAAGUAUUCUGGGGGCAGUGCAGCACAGAGCUCUCUCUUGCACUGUUUUGAUGCGGCCCUGGGCAUUGAACACGAUCCAAAGCAUGGAUCAUUCCUGGUCCGAAUGCGGGAGUACAUGCUACCGCGGCACAGCGCCUUCAUUUGCUGGCUCGCCGAUGGGCCCUCCAUUCGCCACUUUGUUUCGCGGUCCACACCGCGUGCGGCGUACAACGCCUGCGUGUCCGCCCUGACGCGGCUGCGCUCGGAACACGUUGCCAUUGUGACGCGGUACAUCACGGUGCAGUCGGCACGAGCGAGGCGGGAGGCGACCUCGCCAGCCGGAUUCGCCCUGGCGGAGAAGGGCACGGGUGGCACAGCGAUCCUGCCCUUCCUCAAAGGAGUCCGAGAUACCACAGCUGCCGCACUAAUCGAAUAAGUCCUCCACUGAGUUCAAGGAGGGCUAUCCCGUACUGAAUGGAAAGCUGCUUAUAGCAGCCUACAGCUAUGGAGGCUUUUUCAGCAUCUGUAGUAUGGCAGGGUUAACAGGGGUAGAUGGAGGCAAGUUGUUCCAAAAAAUAAGUUAUAUUUGUUUAGCGAUAGUAGAGAUGUCUGAUUAUAACAGUUACAUCUGUCAAAACAAAUAUGCAUUUCGCCAAAUGAUAACUAUAUGCAUAAUACAAGGAUGCACGGUCUGCAGUUUAACUUUAAAUAUGGUUGUAACGUGCUUGAAUUGUCCAUUAACAAUAUGGAAAAUAAAUAUCCUUAUAGAUCUUG